UGUUUCGUGGGCGGUUAUAUCGACUGCAUUUCGGGGGUUUGGUUGAGCACUGCAUUAUAAAAUAUGUGAAGGCAGACCCUCUUGCGCGUAGCAUCUCUUUUGUUGCAUUUGAGCGACAUCGCGAAGGAAGUGUUUCAGAGGUUUUAAUCCCUUUAACUCUGCUGGGCCUCAUUGCUUGGUAUCACGUGGAGUUGUCUCGGGCGACGAUCCCAGUUGAGUUUGUAGGCGCUGAGCCUCCUCCUCCUUUCUUCGUUGAUGUUUCGAGCUUGCACUUUACUCCGCCGUACUCUGCUAUCUGUCUUGAUACUCUUAAGGUGCUACAAUACCCUCAAAUCAGCCAACUGCCUGCUGACGGCACCGCGCGUUUUUCUCCCUCGAUAAAUCCGAAAGAAGAAAUUGCGUGGGCCUACGAAGUAGGAACGGGUUUAGGGUUUCUGGUGCUGCAUCCCCCUUCUCUUUUGUUUUUUUAA